AUGCGAGGGAUCGAUAUAAACAUCACAUGUCACGAGAUCAACGUCGACCCGAAUUUCAAACCUAUCAAGCAAAAGAGACGAAAGCUGGGACCCGAGCGCGCUGGUGCGAUCAACGACGAAGUCGAAAAACUUCUCAAAGUCGGAUCCAUAACGGAAGUUAGGUAUCCUGACUGGCUCGCUAACCCGAUCGUUGUGAAAAAGAAAAACGGAAAGUGGCGAGUAUGCGUCGAUUUCACGGACCUCAAUAAGGCAUGUCCAAAGGAUAUCUUCCCACUGCCACACAUCGAUCGCUUGGUCGAAGCAACGGCAGGGAACAAACUCUUAUCUUUCAUGGACACGUUCUCCGGAAUGAUGGCGCAACUUAUCAAGAAACUCGUCAACCGUAUGUUCUCCGAAAAACUCGGAAAGACAAUGGAGGUGUACAUUGAUGACAUGCUCGUGAAAUCCCUCGAAGAGUGGGAUCAUACCACUCACCUCCAAGAGUGCCUCGAAAGGCUAAACCUGCACAAUAUGAAACUUGACCCCGCUAAGUGUCGGUUUGUAGUAGCAUUGGGAGAAUUACUGGGGUACCUCAUCACCUUCCGUGGAAUUGAGGCCAACCCUAAACAGAUAACCGCGCUAAUAGAAAUGGCUUCCACGAGAACGAAGCGAGAGGUACAGAGAUUAACCGGGACAGUCGCAGCGCUCAACCGCUUUAUCUCGCGAUCAACGGAUAAGUGUUUACCUUUCUACGACACAUUGAAGGGAAAUAAGAAAUUCGAGUGGACCGAAGACUGCGAAAAAGCUUUCCAAAAGCUGAAACGCUACUUGGCCACUCCCCCGGUGCUUGCAAAACCCGUAGAAGGAGAACCACUCUUCCUGUACAUCGCAGUAUCAGUCACGUCUAUGAGCGGCGUCCUCAUCCGAGAAGAACGUAGCGAGCAAAAGCCCUUCUUUUACGUAAGAAAAAUUUUGCUCGAAGCAGAAACACGUUAUCCGAUGAUGGAAAAACUCACGCUUGCAGUUGUAAUGUCAGAACGAAAGCUAAGAUCGUAUUUCCAGUCCCAAACAGUCGUAGUACUCACAUUAUUCCCACUGCGGACAAUGCUGCAUAGCCCCAGUCAAUAUGGAAGGUUACCAAAAUGGGCAAUCGAGCUGAGCGAGUACGACAUCGAGUACCGAGAAAAACCUUGCGCGAAAUCGCAAGUACUCGCCGACUUCUUAGUAGAACUCCCUACAGGGUGCGCGACUAACCAGGAGCCCAAUUCGUCCUGGACCCUCCACGUCGACGGAUCCUCUUCCAAACAAGGCUCCGGAAUCGGGGUCAGACUCACGUCGCCAAUGGGGGUAUCACUGGAACAAUCAUUCCGACUGAUUUUCCACGCUUCGAACAACGAAGCCGAGUAUGAAGCUCUAAUCGCGGGUUUACGAUUGGCUCACGGCCUAAAAAUACGUAACAUUCACGCCUACAGCGAUUCCCAGCUAGUUGCAAGUCAAUACAGCGGGGAAUAUGAAACAAGGGACGAGAGAAUGGAUGCUUACUUAAAACUCGUUCAUAACUUGGAUCAAAGUUUCUAUCAAUUUGCUCUAACUCGGAUUCCUCGUGCCGAAAAUGCACAUGCUGACGCCCUAGCCACCUUGGCAUCUAGUUUGGAUCCAGGUCUGAGCAGAGUGAUUCCCGUAGAAUUCAUAGAGCACCCUAGCAUCGGGCCACCCGUCAUAAUAAACUUAAUCGAUUCACCCGACGGCGAUCCAGACAAAGUCGAUGUCCAGGCAAUAAAGGAUCUAGAACAGUCCGAGUAUGGAUUCGAAAAACCUUGGACAAAAACAAUCCUCGCAUACAUCACCGACGGGAAACUCCCAGCGGAAAAAUGGGCGGCCCGAAAGAUUAAGACCCAAUCCGCGCGAUACGUCUUGGUGGAAGGAGAACUCUACAAGUGGAGAUUUUUUGGACCACUCAUGACCUGCAUAAAAGGAAAGGAAGCACGAAGGAUAAUGGAAGAAGUCCACAUUGGAUCAUGCAGAAACCAUUCGGGCGGAAGAUCCCUCGCAAUCAAAAUCAAAAGCCACAUACACUAUUGGCCGACGAUGAUCAAAGAUUGCGAGAACUUCGCGCAAAUAUGCGAAAAAUGCCAGAGGCAUGCUCCCACUAUCCAUCAACCAGCAGAGGUCGAAGCCGAUUCCUACGCAAGCAUCAAAGACGCCCAAGUCGAAAGUUUCAUGUGGAGAAACAUCACCUGCAGGCAUGGUGUCCCAUACGAAAUCAUAACAGACAACGGAUCCAAAUUUAUUUCGACCAGAUUCGAGGCCUUCUGUGAAAAAUGGAUGAUACGACUGACCAAAUCGACUCCUAGAUACCUACAAUGCAACGGCCAAGCCGAAACGAUUAACAAGACCAUCCUCGAUGGGCUUAAGAAAUGA